GCUUCAUGAGAAGAGGCAGACGUUGUGAAGUUCAGCGUCAUCGUUACAGCAGAAGAAAUUAUGACUGGAUCUUGACGGGCUUUUUUUUUUGUGUUUUUUAGGUUUGCUUCAUCGUUGUUGUGAAAACGGGAGGCAAGGAUGGCAAUGCAGAUGGGUGAGCCUGACUACGGCAUGGAGAAGGUGGCUGAGUGGCAGCAGACGAUGUAUGGCAUAGACUCAGGCAUCCAGUCUGGAGCCACCACAGUCAGAGAGGACGACGGCGAGUACACCACCUCUAAGCACUACACCGUGACCACCACCACUGUCACAAGAGAAGAGCCCGACAUGGAAGCCAUGUACACCACGAGAGCUCAGAGGGUGCGAGCUGCAAUGUUCCCAGAGACUCUGGAGGCAGGCACCACCAUCUUGUCGACUCAGACAGACCCGUCCCAGAUGACUAACGUCCAGCGGCUGGCCGAGCCCUCCCAGAUGCUCAAAACCGCCAUCAUCCAUCUGAUCAACUACCAGGAUGACGCCGAGCUGGCCACACGCGCUGUGCCUGAGCUCACUAAACUGCUCAACGAUGAAGACCCGGUGGUGGUCAGCAAGGCAGCACAGAUUGUCAACCAGCUUACCCGCAAGGAGGCAUCGCGGCGUGCGCUGAUGCAGUCCCCUCAGAUGGUGGCCGCAGUGGUGCGGGCGAUGCAGAAUACAGGCGACAUGGAGACGGCACGGGCCACGGCCAGCAUCCUCCACAACCUGUCCCACCAGAGAGAGGGCCUGCUCUCCAUCUUCAAGUCUGGAGGCAUCCCUGCUUUGGUCCGCAUGCUCAGCUCUCCCAUGGAGUCUGUGCUCUUCUACGCCAUCACCACACUCCACAACCUGCUGCUGCACCAGGAAGGAGCUAAGAUGGCCGUCCGUCUGGCCGAUGGCCUGCAGAGGAUGGUUCCCCUGCUGAACAAGAGCAACCCCAAGUUCCUGGCCAUCACCACAGACUGUCUGCAGCUGCUGUCCUAUGGCAACCAGGAAAGCAAGCUCAUCAUCCUCGCCAACAGGGGUCCCGAGGGUCUUGUUCACAUCAUGAGAAACUACAGCUAUGAGAAGCUGCUGUGGACUACAAGCCGUGUGCUCAAAGUCCUCUCUGUGUGCCCCAGCAACAAACCCGCCAUUGUAGAGGCUGGUGGAAUGCAGGCUCUGGGUAAACACCUGACAGGCUCCAGCCAGCGUCUGAUGCAGAACUGUCUGUGGACGCUCAGGAACCUCUCUGACGCUGCCACCAAGGAGGAGGGUAUGGACAGCCUGCUGCAGGUGCUGGUGGGCCUACUUAGUUCAGACGACCUCAACAUGCUCACUUGCGCCACGGGCAUCCUGUCAAACCUCACAUGCAACAAUGCCCACAAUAAAACUCUGGUCACCCAGAGCAAUGGCGUGGAGGCCCUGAUUCACGCCAUCUUGCGUGCCGGCGAGAAGGAGGAUGUGACCGAACCUGCCGUUUGCGCUCUGCGCCACCUGACUUCACGCCACCAACAUGCUGAGCUGGCGCAGAACGCCGUGAGGAAACACUACGGCAUCCCCGCCAUCGUCAAGCUGCUUAACAAACCCUACUACUGGCCUGUCAUCAAGGCUGUGGUUGGCCUGGUCCGAAACCUGGCCCUGUGCCCAGAGAACCAGGCCCCUCUGAGGGAUGCUGGAGUGAUCCCCCGUCUGGUCAACCUUCUGCUCCAAGCCCACCAAGACGCCCAGAAACAUGGUUCAUCCGCCCAGCAGACAUACCAGGAUGGAGUGAGGAUGGAGGAGAUUGUGGAGGGCUGCACAGGAGCUCUGCACAUCCUGGCCAGAGAUCCCAUCAACAGAGCAGAGAUCGCCAACCUGCAGACCAUUCCGCUGUUUGUUCAGCUCCUCUACUCUCCAGUGGACAAUGUGAAGCGCGUGGCGGCAGGCGUUCUGUGCGAGCUGGCCCUGGACAAACCGUCAGCUGAGCUCAUCGACAGCGAGGGAGCGUCGGCUCCUCUGAUGGAGCUGCUGCACUCCAACAACGAGGGCAUUGCUACUUACGCUGCAGCUGUGCUCUUCCGCAUCUCCGAGGAUAAGAACUCAGACUACAAGAAGCGAGUUUCUGUGGAGCUCACACACUCUCUGUUCAAACACGACCCCGCUGCCUGGGAGAUGGCCCACAACAUGGAAGGACCCUAUCCAGAUGAAAUGGAUGCUGGUUUCCAAGGCUACGCAUACGGAACUGAAAUGCCGAUGGACGGCAUGGACGGAACUAUGGGGCACGAAGAAUACCCAAACAGCCUUGUCUACGACAGACAAGUGUACCCCGAGUACUGACCUAAAGAGCCAGAGGAGAAAGAAAGGUGGAGAAGAAAGCGGAGGACUGGAUGUGGGACGUAAUGGGACAAAGAAGAGAAUAUAGUCGUCAGUAGAGAUUAUUCCCUCUGCUCUCAGCCUGAUGUAAUAUAUGCAAUUAUCACCGAGUACGGGACUCAUAAUCUUAACAGGGCUCAAUUUUGUUUUAUAGCAUAAUUUUGCUGAUUAUAAUUCUGACAGUGACAAUGCUUCUAGGUUUCUGUUUGAGAACCUUUUAAAAGUGUGCAUGUGUGCGUGUGUGUGUUCAUGCUUUUGGAUGGGUAUUCUAUGCCAAAGAGAUUUUAUUUUGUGACGAUAAUCAUGUAGCUUCCUUUUUUAAGAAAAAAUAAGAAAAAAAAGAGAAUAAUAGUUGAAAACACUGCCAGAGGUGGCUCAACGUGCACGGUGCACCUGCUCACCGCUCUGUUUCUUUCUUAACGCCUUUGUAACAGACACUACUGUCUAUGCUGUAGUUUUGACACUAUAUACUGUCAACUUUCUCCCGCUGUGACCCAACAGUUAAGAGUCGGCGGCACUAAUUCAGUAGGAGUGAACAAACGAGGAGAUGUGGAGGUCUCUGAUGGACCUUUUUGUGAGAGCAGCGUAGGGCUGCCUCCCCCCUUCUGUAAUCAGCUGAAAUGUGGAUUACUUUUUGGAGUGUAGAUGUUUGUUUUUAGGAAUAGUUUCUCAUCUUUUAUAAGUUAUUCACUAGGGACGGUUCACAUUAUCCGGCAUUACCAGAAUAUUAACAAAGAUGUCUUUCCUUAUAAACUGAAUUUAAAGAAAAUAUCCUAUGUGACUGUAAUCAUCUGCAGGAGAACAACGUGGUUUUACAGAUGUGUUCACCAGAUUGACUCAUUCAUGAGUCCAGAGCGUGAGAUAAUGUAGUCGGGGUCGGCCCUACAGCUGGAGCAAACUACUGACAGGGAAAUUUGUCUUUCUACUUAAUAAGAGUUUUUACUGAAAUUUUGUUUAAUAAAAAUAAAGGAUAUAUUAAACAUAUAA